GCCGCUAACAAUUGACAUAGAACACAUUUGUCACAUUAUCACCUAUAACAAUGGAGACACUACCUGGAGUUACUCCGCAGGAGCAACAAAAUACCUAUUUCUACAUUGGGCAGCAUGAAACCAAGAGAACAGUCCCUGUUACCACCGAGUUGGGCAACCAAGCGCAAGAUGCUGGCUACGACAUGAUGACUAGACCCAUCACAUCUCCUGGAUUCCAAGCAAAAGUUCUUGCGUUGGUAGACGCCUAUUUCGAGGCAGUCUCAGCAUCAGCGAACGCAGAUGCUAUUCCCUACCCUCUUGUUGCACCGCUCACUCCCGAGGAUACGAACUUGGUACCAGACGAAUAUAUCUCUACUAUGAUCUGCUGUACAAGCACCUGGAUCGAUCUUGCUUCUCCAGAUCCAGUCAUUGCCCAUGUCUCUCGUCAAGUGUUCAACCACGAGGUUGCUUAUGCUGCCUUCUGUGGCGUCAACAACAUCAUGAUUCAAGGACCUGACCUCGAGGCAUCUUCUGUGAUUAGCCAGUAUGCUAGAGCAAUCUGGAACUCCCUCGAAGCCGGACCGUACAUCAACCUUCAGAUCUUACUUCCUAUGCAGCCCGCUGAGAGUAAAACCGCCGAGGACGGAUUGAGCCUGGCCGGCCGUGCUAGAGACUCAUUCAAGACUAUCAAGUCCAUGUCAACUGACGCUCUUUGGUCGUGGGACACUUGGGAGCUGAUCAGAUCGACUUGCAAGUACCAUCCUAGACUCACUGUCGCUCUUGAAGUUCCUCAGAAGUUGCCUUCCUCUGAGAUUCAGUCACGUUGGUUCUCCGAGCCUCUUCGCACCUUGAUGCUUCCUGAGUCGACCUUUGCACGCAACGCCAAGGGCUUCCCUGUGCUGAACAAGCCUGUUCAGGCCCUGCUCACUCGUUAUAUGCGCCUCAAGACUGUCCCAUGGAUCAUUCUCAGCGACGUUGGCCCUAUCCCUGGACAGAACCACCCCGGCAUGCCCGUCAAUCUGCCUGACAGAUCUGCGUCUCCCGACCUUCCCACUCCUGCACAAUCCAAGCGCAAGCAGCAGACGCAGACUCAGAAGCCCAAGGACUUGACUCCCCACCUGAGCUACAUCCGUCAUCUCCAACGUACUCAGCCUCCCCGCCCCAUCAUCGACCGCUUCGCCGCUGGAUACCAGGACUUCUUGCAGUCGCCUCUGCAGCCCUUGACCGAUAAUCUCGAAUCCAUCACCUAUGAAGUCUUCGAGAAGGACCCUAUCAAGUACGAGUGGUACGAGCGUGCUGUUGCUGCAGCUCUUAAGGAUCUUCACAAGAAACUGCAGCGUCCUAUCGUCGUCGCCGUCGUCGGAGCUGGUCGUGGACCCCUGGUGACUCGCUGUCUCAAAGCAUCCGCCAGCACUGGCAUCCCCGUCAAGCAAUGGGCAGUAGAGAAGAACCCCAACGCCUACGUCCUCCUCCAACGUCGUAACGCCACCGACCCUCUCUGGAAUAAGCGCGUCACCGUUGUCAAGACUGACAUGCGUGCCUGGAAAGGUCCCGUCAUCGACUCUUCGCCCGCAAAAGUCGAUAUCCUUGUCUCUGAACUUCUGGGUAGUUUUGCAGAUAACGAGCUGAGUCCCGAGUGCUUGGAUGGUGUUCAGCAUGUUUUGCACCCCGAACAUGGAGUCAGUGUGCCUGCUUCCUACACUGCUCACUUUACACCGAUCGCUCAUCCAAAGAUCUACGCCGACUUGUUGUCGAGAACUGAUGAUCAGAAGUGGGAAUUGCCAUACGUCACCAUGCUGCACCAAUACGAUGAUCUGUGCAUCGAUCCCAAGACUCUCCAACCUGAUAUUCAAACAGCGUGGGAGUUCACUCAUCCAUUGCCUGAGGCCAUCAUUGCACAAUCAAACCUCCGCCGCGGAGGUAGUGUUCAAGCAGGUGGCGGCGGCAUGGUAGGUGGAGAUGGCUGGAACGAGCAUAACGCACGUUUCUGCCGUCUUCGCUUCACUGCUUCUUCGCGAGGAGUCUGCCAUGGUUUGGGUGGCUAUUUUGAGACCGUCCUCUACUCUCCUGAGAAUGGAAGCAAGAAGAUUGAACUUAGUAUCAAUCCUAACACUAUGGAGGACAAGAGCAAGGAUAUGAUUUCUUGGUUCCCUAUCUUCUUUCCGCUCAAGACGCCCCUUUACAUCCCUACGGCCUCCGAGAUCGAAGUCUCCAUGUGGCGUCAGACUGACGACCGUAAAGUAUGGUACGAAUGGCAAAUCGAGGUCUUUGCUUCCCUAGGUGGCUCUCGUCAACGCAUCGCUGCCUCAGACCUGCAUUCAAGCAUUAAGAAUGGCUGUUUGAUGUAGAGUAGACGACCUGCUGUUUAUAUUUUGAGGUGGGAGGGUAAGAAGUUGGAGUGCGGGUUUGUUGGUCAGGACGGCGCUUUUGGAGUGAGCAUAUGAGGUGUAGAGAGAGCAUUGUGCAUUGAUAGAAAAGCAUGGUUUCAUCAUGGAUCUAAAUUUUGUCCAGUCUCUCGUCGUCGAUACUGACGAAUUUGUGGUCCUGUGGAAAAGCAAGAAUGAAUCUAUAAGUGAUAAUAUGCUG